AUGAAGAAGUUUAGAAGAAGGUUUGAUAAUGGUACCUCGGAAUUUACAGCGUGGCAACUACUUCCUUACGCAGAAACAGGAUUGACAGAUGAAGAGAAAGAUAGAAUUAUCAAGGGUGACGAGUAUCCACCAGGAGUUGAUGGCACGCCGGUGUAUUUGGUGGAUGAUCUGAGGUAUUACUUGAGACAGGACAUACACAAAGGCUGGAGAGACCACGCUUUCAAUAGAUUCGUCAGUGAUUUGAUACCUGUGAAUCGCACUUUGAUGGAUGUACGGGAUCCAUGGUGCAAGGCGCAGAAUUAUACGGAGAAUUUACCAAAAGUUACAAUAAUUAUUUGCUUCUUUGACGAAGCUUGGUCCACGCUUAUAAGGACAGUUACAUCAGCUCUGAACAGGAGCCCUCCGCAUUUGUUAGAACAAAUAAUAUUAGUUGAUGAUAAUUCUACCAUGGAACAUCUAAAGCAGAAAUUAGAUGACUAUGUACGAAUCACUCCUAAGGUAAAAUUAAUUCGUGCAAUGCGUCGAGAAGGAAUCGUUAGAGCAAGAUUAUUGCCCAUACCUUAUGUGAAGACUCCCAUAGUAUUGUACCUUGAUAGUCAUUGUGAAUGUGCUGAGGGAUGGUUAGAACCGUUACUGCAACGCAUCAAAGAAAAUCCAACCGCAGUAGUCAGUCCCGUAAUUGAUCAUAUCCAUGAAACUACUUUUGAGUACAUCGCACAGGGCGUCAACGACCUCCGACUUGGAGGCUUCAAUUGGGACCUUCGUUUCAACUGGAUUGGUAUACCACAAGAGGAGUACGCAAGAAGAACCAAUCUUUUAGCUCCUAUUAGUACUCCGACAAUAGCUGGCGGUCUUUUCGCUAUACACGUAGAUUUCUUCAAGAAAAUUGGGUACUACGAUGAAGGAUUUGAAAUAUGGGGAGCAGAAAACUUAGAAUUGUCGUUCAAAACUUGGAUGUGUGGCGGGACUUUGGAAAUGAUUCCUUGUUCGCAUGUCGGACAUAUUUUUAGGAAGAGGAUACCGUAUGAGGAAACAGUAAAAUCUUUGAAGAGGAAUUAUGUACGGUUAGCUACGGUAUGGCUUGAUGAAUAUGCACAAUAUUACUUUGAAAGAAUUGGAAACGAUAAAGGUGAUUUCGGCAACGUAUCUUCAAGGAUAGAACUUCGCAAGAAAUUACAUUGUAAAUCGUUCAAAUGGUAUUUAGAAAAUAUUUACCCUCAAUUGGAAAUGCCUGAUAAGUUCGCUGCUAGUGGCCAAAUCUAUAGUAUCAGCAGUCCUGGUAUUUGCUUAGACGCACAUAUAUUAACUUUGGAUAGUUUUCAAGAUAAUGUCAAGCUAUUACCCUGUCAUUUUCAAGGUGGAAAUCAGUUUUGGACGUACACUAAAAUUGGAGAAAUACGCCACGAACAGCUAUGUCUCGACUACUUGUACAAUUCAAUCGCUUUGUUCUUCUGUAGGAAUACAGCAUCACAAGUUUGGUUAUAUAAUGAAAAGUCGCACACCAUAAGGCAUAUGCAGACUGAACAGUGUUUAAGUAUAGCGGAAUUCCCAGAAGGUUUGAAGGUCGUGCUGAUAAGAUGCUCUCCAUCGGUAUCACAAAAAUGGGUCAUGGAACAUUUUAAAUUCGAGAGACUGGAGCAACAAAUGCAACUUGGGAUAGCGGAAUAUCAAAAACUUACGAAUCUUUAG